CGGGUAGACUGCCCGUAGGCACUUCAGUCUCUGCUUGGGACGUGAAGGCGUGAGCAUGGGGUUUAAAAACAACCCACGAGGUGCAUUAUACGAUUUUAAAUAAUUACAAUAAAAAAAAAAAUCAUUAACUCAAAAAAAUGAUAAAAAAUCGCGUCCAAUGACUUGAACAAAUUUUAAACAAAAACUACCCCUAUUUCAUUAAAUAAUCACAAGUACGAAAAAAAUUCGCGCAAAUAAAAUGAAGAACAUAAUAAUGGGACCCAAUUUACAAAUUCAAGAAAUUUAUAUUUUAUCCAUAUCUUAAUUUUUUUGUCAAAUUUUUAAUUAUAGAUUUUAGACAAUAUUAUCGAAGCUCAAUGAUCGGUGCAUAUGAGCGCAAAAAAAAAAUCACGCGCAAAUCAAGGGUGUUCGUGAAAUGAAUAAUUAUGACAUUCUGAAUCGUCGCUAAAGUGAACGGGAUUUAUGCGCGAGUGCUCACACUACUUUUAUACAGUGGUGUUGAAGAAAUUAAAUAAAUAAAGAAAGAACAAAAUAAAAAAACAAAACAAAAGACACUCGCUAAUCCUGAGGGAUACGAUUAUAAGAUAAAAAUCAAAACAUGUCGGUGCUAUUAGAAGCAAGGCCUUUCAGGCCUUUCAAGUCGUCCGAGGAGUACUUAGUCGCAAUGAAGGAGGAUCUAGCCGAGUGGUUAAAUGCCUUGUAUCCAGAGUUAAGGAUUAACCUGGACAACUUCAUGGAUAGGCUUGACACUGGUGUUCCCUUAUGCAAACACGCGAAUAACGUGCGAAAAUCAGCGUCUGAAUAUGUGGCAAGGAGGCAGGCUCGAAAGAUCAUGACACGCUCGAUAACCUCAUCGUUGGCAGUUCCAAUGAGCCAGUUGAGCGAUGUGGCCUUUCUACCAAACGCGAAGGCCGGUACUUUCUUUGCACGGGACAACGUGUCCAACUUCAUCAGUUGGUGCCGCAACAGUCUCGGUAUCAUUGAAUGCCUUCUCUUUGAGACUGAUGACUUGAUAAUGCGCAAAAACGAGCGGCACGUGAUACUUUGUUUAUUGGAAGUUGCAAGACGUGGUGCCAAAUUUGGCAUGUUGGCACCCAUGUUAGUGCAAAUGGAACGACAAAUCGAUCGUGAAAUUGCCGCUGAAAAUAAAGCGACCAAUGGAACAAAUAAUGAUGAUAGCGAUGAUGAAUACGCUGAUAUGCAACAGGAGGAGCCUUGUCUAAUUUAUGGACCUCAACCACAAAUUGUCACCAAUGAUUUAAAGAGCCUCGACGAAAUGGUUCGCGAUCUGGUUGAGAGAUGCACUUGUCCGACACAAUUUCCAAUGAUUCGUGUUUCCGAGGGUAAAUAUCGAAUUGGGGACACCAAGGUUCUCAUCUUCGUGAGGAUCCUGAGAAGUCAUGUGAUGGUACGAGUGGGCGGAGGCUGGGACACCCUCAGUCAUUAUUUGGACAAGCACGACCCCUGUCGAUGUCGAACCUCUCAUCGAUCAAUGAUCUCAGCGAAAUUGAUCCAAAAAGCUGGUGGAUCCUUCGAUCUUGGUAGCGCGCAGGUGCAUUAUGAACGAUCACCUCCAAGGACCCGCCGCAGUUCCGCCUCUAGCGUCGGAUCCUGCGCAGGCACUACAUUACAAUCUCAAAAUCAGCAGCCAUUAUCAUUGCAAAUCCCCAGGAGCAUUUCGAGCAAUCGAUCUCGAUCACCUACCCCACACCACGCCAACAGACUUCUCAUUGAAGACGUGAAGAAGAAUGGCAAUCGUUCCAGGAGUCCCACACCGCAAAGGAAGUUCCACAAUAAUCAAACACAUCAAUCAACUGAUGCCGGGAAACUAAGGUCCAGAUCACCAACACCGAAGACACAUCCAAGAUCGCGAAGUCCAACUCCAAAGGUGGAAAAUGUCAAGUCAACAUCACCAAGAAGUCUCGAUCCAACACGAAAGGCGCUUAAUGAAGAAAUUCGACAGGUCAAAUACGAUGGACGAUCACAAAUGUAUCACAGCAGACAUCAGGAUAAUUAUCAGGAUCCUAAAAAGGACCUUCACCAAGAGAUCAAGGCAAAGGUGCCUCUCUCUGAGGAUUUUUCAAAACGUUACGUUGUUGAUGGUGGCGUUGCUCGUAGAGCAACAGAUAAAGAUGACACUCCAAAGUAUGAGCCAACAAUAUACAAUUACAAAUGUCAAGAAGAUUCAUCGAGUCGUAGUCCAACACCGAGUCCACCCGUCAAGGACGAGACGAGUGAAUCUUUCGGAAAAGAAAGUCCCCAAUAUCCCAAGUCACCGCAUGGCGAUGGUGAACAUUCAGACAACGGUAGCGAGGUCUCUGAUGAAGGUUACCGAAGUUUAGGUGCUGUACAAUCAUCAACAACCAAUGGUAACACGGGAACCGGUACUCAAGGAUCGCCCACGGUUGUCGACUGUCACAAACAACCGAAAGCAGAUCAAGGAAGAUCAUGCGUGGAGACGGAAAGUAUCGAGACCGGUUUACGUAAAACAAGAAUAGGUCCCCCGAGUCCAUUAAGAGCAUCACCAUCAAGAAGUGCAGCUUCCUCAUCAGGCGAUCAAACACCAAGAGCAGGUUCUAUCGUUCGGGAAAAUAGCAAUCUUUCGAAAGCAUCAUCAGGCAGCAGAACACCAAGAGAAGGCAAUUCGAGUCCAGAAUCAAGUCCUUUAAAACGCAAGGGCAUACGCGACAGUAUCAAAAAACCACCAACUGGAAGUCUCAGCAAGGCUUCAGCCGUUCCUAAAUCAUUACAAAGUUCAUCUAACGGCAGGAACACCUGGAAUGGCCGUCAAGUUAGACAAAGACCAAGUCUACAAGCUGAUACAUUUUCCACUCCUCAAAAUUCCACAACAACAUCAAAUUUUUCUAGAAAAAAUCCUGUUAGACAAAGUUUACCAAGGCCAUCGAAUGGACCACAAUACGAUAGAAAUGGACGUCGAAUAAGACCAGCGACAUCAUCAUUACAAUCGUCACCAACCAAAACUGCUAAUCCAUUGCUAGAACAAAUUCUACAAAAAGUGGGUCACCUACAGGAUGAUCAACAAGUUGUUCAAAAGUUACAGGACUUUCUUCGUGAUUACAAAGGUAAUGGUUCAGGUCAAGAAGGUGAUGCUACACUUGAUUUUACAAGAGCUUGGGUUGAUGGCAAUGGAAUUGUUGAACUACCAGCAGAAACUUCCAAUUCGAUUAGUCCACGAAAAGAUCCAAAAUCAACAGCGGAAAGGGGAAAUUUCUCCAAAAUACCUGCACCGAUUUAUAAAAGGCCCAUGUCUGUUGCUUCCGACAGUAUCUGACCUAUUGGUAGAAUCCCAAGAACGUGAGAUUAAAGGUACUUGACAAAAAUCAAGGCUGGUGCUUCCGAAUUCUUUACUGAAUAAGGGUUUGCCUUGAUUCGAGACAAGACUUCCGUGUGAUCACGAUUCAAAAAAAAAAAACCUUGGUGCGUCAAACCUUAAAUGGUGCGUUUGAGAAGAAAACAUGUAACAUCGACGAAAAUAAGUUCUGACUGGUGCUUUUAGAAUUAACAUUUUUAGAAAAUCAAAAUUAGGUAAAAAUAAAAGAAAAAAGACGAGAGUGAAUUCGUUCAUUCAAAAAUAAUAAGGUUGAGUAUUAAAAAAAAAUUUUGUGGACUCCACAAAAUGAAGAUGUUUUAAAAUGUUAACAAAUUUACUCUCUGAGAAUAAGCAUAUGUAUAAUAACUGAUGUGCAACAAUGGAACUGAAAUCAAAAUGGUUGACAAACAUGAAUUUAAGAGUGAUAAUUUCAAUUAAGAAUAAUAAUAAUAAUAAUAAGAGUAAUAAUAAUUUCAAGUUAAAUGAAACUCAAUUAUUUGGGAUUAAGUUUAAGAAAUACUUAUAGCACCUUAUUAUGUUACAAUUGCAUGAAAAAUCUAUUGUUGUGCACCGGUCGUUUGUGCAUUUCUCACAGUGCAAGUGUUCAAGGGAUUUAGUGCGCGACUAGGGACGUUUAUAGCCAGUCAAGUGCGUUAAUGGCUUCCCGAUCGGCUUCCAAUGUGUGUUGAUUGCAGACCGUGUGAUUUAAGAUCGAUGACCCAUGAUAGGCGCAUAGAAAUUGUCUAAUUAUUUUCCUAUUUUUAAAUUUGAAUAAUCAAAAAUUCAUUUUUAUUUUAUUAAAAAUAAAAAAAAAAAAUUUUUUUGACAAAUAGAACUUUUUCUACGCGCCUUUAUUUUAAGUGUGUUCUGUUAAUAAUUAUAGGUCUGCGAUUUUUUAAAUCGUUAUAACAUCGUUUUGACCAAAGAUGAAACAAUUCAAUAAUUUGAAUUACUGAUUUGCUUCAUCUAUGGUUCUUUUUUAUUGAUCACAACGACGACGAUCGUUUAUAGAAAUUAUUUAUUUAUAUAGUCUAUCGGUUGUAUUUAUUAAAGACAAUUUAUUUACCCGUUGUAACCCUUAUUUUUCUGAGCUAAAUUAUAGUACAGAAAAAUUUGGUAUAGGUAUGAGAGUGAAAAGUUGUUAACAGGAAGGAAGUGAGAUUCUGACUCGAGAAUAAUAUAGUAUACUUUAUAUAUUUAUAAAAGUAUACUAUGCAUUAUCAAAAAAAAAAAAAAUAAAAUAAUAACCCCAACAGACUGCGUAGAUAGCAUAUAUCCACGAUAAAACAAACGCCAUUCCAAUGUUUAAAUGUCUUUUUUAUACCAAAAGCAAAUGUAGACCAUUUUUUUACCAAGUGUCUUAUCGUUAUAUAGUAAAAGAGUCAGUUGUUGAAAUCUCCUUUAUAUAGAGACCUAAUUCAUUCUGACCACGAGUUUUAAAUUUAGAGUGAAAUAUGCGUCGACGUGAUAAGUAAAAGACAAGUGGGCGAAAACGAUAGCAAGAGCCUAAACUAUUUUUUUAGUAACUAUAGAGAAAUGAUGAUCAUAGAUUGUAAAAAAAAAAAGUGGAGAAACAAAAAUCUAUCUCGUGAAUUUGGCAAAAAUAUCUCAAUUGUUCUUUAUAACAGAUAAGCGAUUAAUCAAAUAAUAUUUUUGACUAUAUAGAAAAACAUUAUUUUCUAUAAAAAUAAUUUUUAAAACAAAAAUUAGCUCAAAAUUCGUACAUAUAUUAAAAAAAUCUCGUCAAACUCACGAGGUAGAAAAUUUUAGAUAUACUCCGUUAAUUUUGAGAGUGUAGUAUUUUUUUAAGCAAUUUUAGUGCCCACAAAAAUCUACUCUAUACAAUAUAAGAAGCAGUUAAUAAUAUUGAUCUAAAAAUGCAUGCCGAAGCUUUACAUCUCUCCAGUUCACAGAUUAAUUGUGUCAAUAUAAAACAAAUAUCGAUUUUUGCGCUCAUAUGAUUAUCAUCACUAUUACGAACUACAAUUAUCUCUUUUUAAAAUAUUACGAUUAUUACCGCGAUAAUUAUUGCUAUUAUUAAUAUUAAUAUACGCGAUGUUGCCUAUUUUAUGUUAUAAUUUUAUCUACAUCUACGUCAAGUUGUAAACUGAACAAAUGAGCAUUAAAUAAAAACACGAAAAAACUCGAAA